AGGAGAGCUUUGGAUUUACAUCAGUAAGCUUCUUGUUUUAGCGCGCCCUCUAGCGGACAUUGUCAUGAACUGCGUGGGAACUGCGUUGCUAUAGAAACUACAACAGAAAACACGUACAGAUGUGGGGUAAAGUGUCAACGUUCAGGUGUUCCUAAAAACACACAUAAUUUCAGAAAACAGUCCCUAUGGCUCACGUGAGAACGUAUCGAUCCAAAGUGAAAGUCGGAAACUGGACCGAGGAUGAGCUUUUACAGAAGGAUGCAAUGCAAGAAUAUCUGGAGAAGAAGGAGAAGGGAGAGCUCUACGUACAGAAGAUAGAUCUUCUCAGGCAGAACAUGUUACAACCGGUGAACUUGUCAGUGACGACUGAUGGAGACGUACACUUUGGAGACGUUGUGAUGUUAGUGAACGUUGGAGCUGGGAACAGGGACCGCAGCGCCGUCAGCAUUGACGCUGACGUGAAUAGUUUAAUGAGCGCUCCGUCUCCCAGCAUUCCAGUGUCUUGUGGGGUCAGUGCAGGAAGAACUAUCCAACCGUGCACACGCACUGCUUUCAUCGUUACAAGUGUUGAUGGGAAUCCUGACGGAUCCGUCCUGCAUUUUGAGCAACGUUUUGCUCUGAGAACGCUGAGCGGCUUUGCCAAAGGGCUUUACUUGACCAGUGACAUGAGAAGUUUCCAAAAGUGUGCAAAAAAGUCCCACCUCCAGGAGGUGUACCUGGAUGACAGUGAGAGCUUUCUGUCAUGCUGGAAAAUAGUGCACCUGGAUCCUCUGGAAAGACUUGAACACGAAGGACUUCCAGUUCCAGCAAAUGUGGAAGUGUUGAUCGUGCAUUGCAAAACAAACCAGGCCCUUGCAGUUUUGGGAGAUCAAGUUCUGUGGACAACAUUUGGUAAAGAGUACGAGGUGACCGCUCACACAUUCUUGGACUGCCACAAACUUGAAGAGGAGAACAAUCACUGGGUGUUGAGCACCUCUGACCCUGCAGGAAAUGGCCUUGUGCUUCUUAACCGCCAGCAGUGAUGCAGACCAUAUCAAAACAUGUUAAAUAAAGGCAUUUCUUCUGCUUUAA